UCGGGCGUCUCGCGGGGGGCGGGAGCGAUGCCGCCCUGGCUGCUCGGUAGCCUCUGCUGCGUGCUGGCGGCGCGGGCGGCGCUGGGCGGCAGCCCCACGGGCGCGGAGGCGGCGGCGGAGGAGAAGGUGAUCCGAGUGCUGGUGCUGCUGCCGCAGGACGAUGCCUACCUCUUCUCGCUGGGGCGGGUGCGGCCGGCGAUCGAGUACGCGGUGCGGAGCCUGCGGGAGAGCGGCGCCGGCUUGCUGCCCGGCUACACCUUCCAGCUCACCUACGAGGACUCGGCAUGCGGCAACCGCGCCCUCUUCAGCCUGGUGGACAUGGUGGCCCUGCAGCGCCGCCGCCCCGACCUGCUGCUGGGGCCUGUCUGCGAGUACGCGGCGGCACCGGUGGCGCGGCUGGCGGCCCACUGGGACGUCCCCAUGCUGUCGGCAGGGGCGCUGGCCGCGGGCUUCGGCGCCAAGGGUGGCGAGUACUCGCACCUCACCCGCGUGGCCCCUGCCUACGCCAAGAUGGGCGAGAUGCUGCUAGCCCUUUUCCGCCACCACCAGUGGAGUCGGGCCACGCUGCUCUACAGUGACAGCAACCCCGAGCGCAGCUGCUACUUCGCCAUGGAAGGCGUCCAUGUGGUCUUCCAGGAGGAGGCCUUCCACAUGGCUGUGCAUAGCUUCGACGAGAACAGCCGACACCUUGACCUCGACGACAUCGUUCGCUCCCUCCAGAGCGGUGAGAGGGUUGUAAUCAUGUGUGCCAGCGGUGACACAAUCAGGAACAUCAUGUUGGCUGCUCAUCGGCAAGGAAUGACCAAUGGGGACUAUGCUUUCUUCAAUAUUGAACUCUUCAACAGCUCAUCAUAUGGAAAUGGCUCUUGGAGAAGAGGAGACAAACAUGACCUUGAAGCCAAGAAGGCAUACUCCUAUCUCCAAACUGUCACUCUGCUGAGGACCGUGAAGCCUGAGUUUGAGAAAUUUUCCCUGGAGGUGAAAAGUUCUAUUCAGAAGCAAGGUCUGCAUGAGGAUGACUAUGUGAACAUGUUUGUGGAAGGAUUCCAUGAUGCUAUUCUUCUUUAUGCUCUAGCUUUACAGGAAGUCCUGAAGUUUGGUUUCAGUAAGAAAGAUGGGGAAAAAAUUGUUCAGCAAACACGGAACAGAACAUAUGAAGGCAUUGCAGGGCAGGUGUCAAUUGAUGCCAAUGGAGACAGAUACGGGGAUUUCUCUGUGAUUGGAAUGACAGACCCAGAGGCAGGCACCCAGGAGGUGAUUGGGGACUACUAUGGAAAGCAGGGGCAUUUUGAAAUCCGAUCAAAUGUGAAGUAUCCUUGGAAUCACGGCAGGCUGCGACUGGAUGAAAGCAGAGUUUCAGAGCACACAAACAAUACACCAUGCAAAUCACCAGGUGGUCUAGGAGAAUCAGCAGUUACAGGAAUCGUUGUGGGUGCCUUGCUUGGAGCAGGAUUGCUAAUGGCUUUUUACUUUUUCAGAAAGAAAUACAGAAUUACUAUUGAGAGACGAACUCGACAGGAGGAUUGUAACAUGGGGAAACAUCGGCAGUUACGUGAAGACUCCAUUAGAUCUCAUUUUUCUGCUGCAUAAAGAAGAAGAAGAAGAAGAAAAAAGAAUCCCAUUCUUCCCAGUGACAAAAAGAAUUAGGGAAAAGGACACAACCAAAGACAUCAGUAUAAAAAGAACCAAGGCUCUUGAAGAACUCACUCUUUUAAGCAGUAAAUUUGUCUUAAUUUCUUUCAGAACCUCAGGAAUGAUUUGCUAACCACAUUAUGCCACAUGGCCUUUCAUCUCACAAAAAAAGGAAAACAAUGCAGUUUGAUGUUAUAGGAUAUACUUAAUAUGAAAAGACAGUAUUUCUUAAGGCAUAUGUUAAGGGUGCAGAUCUGGGUUUAGUUGAUGGGGGAAGGCCUCAUUCUGCUCCCUUUUAUUUUAACUCCUACUGCCUCUUUGCUUAAUUGUGUCUUAUACGUGGGUAUCAAAUAUGGUUUGACAGGCACAGGUGCUGAUUGCUUGUUGGAAAGUAAAAAGGGGCUCAUUUGGGGUAUGAUCCUGCAUCACUGAGUCAUGGACAUUGAUAACAGGGUAUACAAGAUGGGGGAUAUGGAAUUUAGUUCUGGGAGGACAGUGACCCUUGGUUGUAGUUAACUCCACUGGGGUGUAAUGAGUGCCAUUGAGAAAGUCAGGCAAGUGGAAACACACAAACCAUUCUUUCCUUGUUUGUGUAGUAUUACAAUCAAAAGCACUGAUUCUCCCUCAUAGGUGCUGGGACUUAGGAGAGCUCCAGUGGAGGAUGAGGAGUUUUGAUGGUGUUGAAAUAGUGAGAGAGGAAGACUAUCAGGAAAGAGUUGCAGGUUCCUCAGUCAUAUGUGUUUUAUUAUGCUUUUUUCUCUUGACUGCCAUGACUUUAUAGAGAGGCAAAUAGAGUCCAUGUAGAGCCUGUUCCUGUUCCCAGUGAAGUCAAUGGCAAAAUGCCAUUAACUUCAGUGAGCACAGGACUGCAUCCAAAAUUGUAAAUAUGGAAGUGUUUGUAUAGCUGAGGCAAUUUGAAAGGGGAUCUUUUUGUGUGUGUGUAAAAUUACAUUCCAUGCUACCAUUUUAUUUUUAGGAUAUUUUUAAUCUUGUAUUUUUCUAUUAAAGUAUCUAUUUUUGCUUUGGUAGGAUUAAAAACUAAGGGUAAGGAUGUUUCCAAGAUGUAUUUUUUAUGAUAGGAGUAACAUGCAGGGAAAGUCAAGAGCUGUAAAUACAUUUUAGAACCAAUAUUUAGGGGAGGAGAAUGGACAUACAGAUAGUAACAGACUUUUUACCCCAUCUCCUCUAGGCAUAGGCAACGUUAAUGUAGUUACCUAAACAGUAUAAAUGCAGUUACUAAAUUGUCUGUAUGAGGAUAGUGCUGAUCAUGCAAACAAUGAACUUUUCACAUGUUAAAUAGUCCUACAUUAGUCAGCAAGACUAACUAUUCAUGCAUGUAUAGAUAACAUGUAAGAACUACCUUCAGGAACUGGGGUAGUAAAACACUGUUCUAGGGCUGGUUUUAAUCCUGCUGUCAUCAGUAUCCCUGGGACUUUUGCCAUUGACUUUACCAGGAGCAAAACUGAAUCUGUGAUGUGUUAGCUACUGACAAGGUAUUUUAUACUAGACAAAUGAGAGUUCAGCGCUUUCGAGUCAGCAAAUGGAAAUGAACAGUGCAUGUUAGAAAUGUGGUGAAUAAGACUCGUAACAAUACUGUCUGUGGGAAAGCCUAGCUACAGCUGUGGUUCUAGUGCAUGUAAGUUUUUGGGCUGCUCUGAGUCCAUAAGCAGAAUUUUUUGGUCUCAGCAGUCAUAGUCAGACUUCAUUCUCAAAACUAGGACCGAAGCCUGUGUUCUACAAAACUUCUAGGCCCUGGGAAACCAGCUUGCCAAUUCAGAGAAACCCUUUUAGGGUAGCUGGAAGUGAAUGAAGAGCAAAAGCUGGCUCUGUGUUCUUUCGACUGCCUUUUAUUUACUGAUGAAGUACUCCGGGAGUAUUUUCUUGGACUUUUUUACUUACAUUGCACUUGUCUCUUACCACGUGCAGGGGGUUAAUCUCUUGCUCUUGUGGAAUAUUGUCCAGUGUCCUAGGCAGCCAGAGGCAGGGCUUCUUGGCUGUCAAGGCAGCUCCAGUGUAUCUGGUGAAUGCACAGCACAUAGAUUUGGUGUCUUUAGCAUUCACUGUAUCAGCUGUUGUUUACGCGGUAGAUUUCCAUCAAGCUGUUUUUCCAAUGUAAGUCUGUAUGACUUCUGCAAAAAUGCUUUAACCAAAGCAACACUGUGGUCAAAGGAGAGUUCUCUGAAGUAGCCUCAUUAUCUCACAGGCUCCACAGAAGAGCAUAGGCUACAGCAUCAUUCAUACUGCUGUGAGGCUGGGAAGAAAAAGGGACUUGCUGAUUAGUUUUUUGAAUUCUUUUCAGGCAGUUCUGUGUGUUUAUCCCCUGGGCCCACUUCAGGUUCAGGAUUUCUUUAAUAAUUUGAGACUUUUGAUCUAUUUCUUGGUUUCCAAAUACACCUUUCGGUAUUUUUACUUUUCUUUCAUCCGUUUGACUGCUUUGCCACAGAGAAGGAGAAAGGAAGAUUUUAAAAUGUGUAGAGAAAAGAGAGUAUGAUUGGAAGAAUAAACUUUUCUUCAAAGUUA